AUGUAUAUUCACACUUCAUUAGUCCCGAUGAACGCCACGAUGGGAGCGCAAAUCAGGCAUUCGCAGCUUUCAGAUCCGUCUUUGUUCAUCAGCUAUCGCGCCCUCAGAUGUAGCAGCAAUGCCUGCACAGACGACAUGGACGACCUCGUUGGGACUCUCCCGCAUUCGUAUCCUUCAGCACUGUCAAGUUCAGCUCACGAAUGGAUUGGGACCGUGGCCAUAGAGAAAGCAAACUCCUCGGAAGAGAGCGACCCCAAACUACAACUACAAGGCCUCAACUUCAAGAAAGGCUUCACACAUGGUCACCACAGCCUUCUAGGAAAAGAGUCACCCUCAUUCAACCGUCUUCAGGACCUGAACCAAGCACAUUUCAUACUUCAAAACACCUACCUCUCAUCGAGCAUCUAUCCUCCAAACUGCCACCUAGGUAACCCAACCCAUCCCAACCCAUCCCAAUCCCUACCAUCCCAUCCUCUACCUCCAUAUUUCCAUCAGACCGACCUCCCAUUCAUCAUCCCAUUCCCAUUCCUCUUCACGAUCACCUGCCAAACAUCCACCUCAGCCUCAGCCUCUCCAUCAUCACCCGCAACACAAUGCCAUACUUUCUUGACACGAGCUUGGAAUUUUCGCUUCGAAAUGCGUCUGUCGAGAUUUUGGGAGCAUGUUGAUGGUCGGUCGUAG